GGAGGAAAUUUGGGGGCAGAGAGAGAGAGAGAGAGAGAGAGAGAGAGAGAGAGAGAGAGAGAGAGAAUGAAAUCAGGAAGUUUUAUGAAAGCAAUAACAUUAGUAUAAGAAUAAGCUUAAUAUCAAAAGCAAAUGUCAAUCAAACAUUAAUUUCAUAAAACCAACAGUAGAGAGAAGGAAAGAGAUAGUGAUCGAGUGAAUGAGUGUACGAGAUUAAAGAAAAAAAAAGUCACUAUGCGAAAGAAGAUAAAGAAAGGAAGGAAGGGAAGAAAGAAAGAAAGAAAAGAAAGAAAGAAGCAUAUCCAUAAGGUGAAGUUGAUAAUGUCUCCAAAAGAUGAAGGGAGGGAGGGUGGGAGGCAGGCACCACUAACCCAACAAACCUCAACAGACGGAGAAUUACUACAACUUCACUCUCAACUCCAGCGAUGCCGCCCCGCCCUCCCCGGCAGACGAAUUCUUCCAUAAACACAUUCUGGAGCUGUCUGGGAGCAUGACGGAGCUAGCGGGGUUCCGGUGGCCAGUGGUUGGUGCCUCUCUGUUUACGUGGGUGUUCGUCUUCCUCUGCGUCUUCAAGGGCAUCAAUGUGUUCGGCAAGGUGGUUUGGUUCACUGCCACGUUUCCUUUCAUCAUGCUGUUCACGUUGCUCUUCCGCGGCCUCACAUUGCCCGGGGCCUGGGACGGCAUCUACUUCUACCUCAACCCAAACUUCUCCAAGCUGACUGACCUCAAGGUGUGGGCGGCAGCUGCGGCUCAGAUCUUCUACUCUCUGGGGCCUGGCUGGGGUAUCCUGACCUCACUCGGUUCCUACAACAAGUUCCGCAACAGGUGCCAGCGUGACGCCUUGGUGGUGCCGCUGCUCAACUGUUUCACCUCCAUCCUGGCAGGCUUCGUGGUGUUCUCCGUGCUGGGUUUCAUGGCUCACCGCACCGGCACCUCUGUCGAGAAAGUGACGGCUGCUGGUCCGUCGCUUGUGUUCAUAACGUAUCCUGAGGCGCUCUCCCUGAUGCCCUUUGCUCCUCUCUGGGCCGUUCUCUUCUUCCUAAUGAUAUUCUUCCUCGGUAUCGACUCAAUGAUUGCCCACAUUGAGAACCUGACUGUGUCUCUUGUGGACGAGUACCCGAGGCUGCGUCCCCAUCGCAGCCUCGUGACCUUCGUUGUCUGUUUCAUGGACGUGUUGGUGUCCCUGGUCUUCUGUACCAGGGGUGGGAUGUACUGGCUGGCGCUGGUGGACUGGUACAGCUCCUCCUACACUCUCAUCCUGAACUGUCUGUGUGAGAUCCUUGUCUUCGGCUUCAUUUAUGGCGCCGGGAAAACCGUGCGGGAUCUUCAGAUGAUGACUGGUGAGAGGAUCAACUACUUCUGGUAUGGCUCGUGGCUGGUGGUAACGCCCCUCGGAAUUCUGUUUAUCUUCAUCAACACGGUGGUGAGCAGCGCCCCGGCAAGUUACGGCGGGAAGGAGCUGCCGAGCUGGGCGCAGACCAUCGGCUGGUUAAGCGCCAUUACCUCCAUGGCUGCCGUGCCCAUCUACAUUGUGUACUACCUCACGUGUGGCUCUAAAGGCAACCCAUGCAAGCGCCUCAAAUCCGGUUUCACACCCAAGGAGUCAUGGGGCCCUGCCAGCGAGUCUCACAGGGAGGAAUGGCUGGCUCUGUGUCGCCAGGAACCUCUCCGUAAUCGCUUCCUUCAUCCAGACUUAAGCUACCCUCACCCACUGCCGGGUUCCUCCGAUACCGUGCCGCUAAAGUCCCCUAGGCCAGACCAGUCCCCGGUCAAGAAUAAAGCGUCCAAGAGAGUUCAGGUCUGACGGCAAGAUGUUGAUCCGGGAUGAGGGCGACACGUCCCAGCCCACCGCCACUACGCACUUCACGUAAAAGGUCACUGUCAGCGUCAUGGCGUCUUCCUAGUCGUCAUCGUUAUCGUUGUCGUUGUUGUGGCCAUCCUUGUCAAAAGCCUGCUGGCCGGCAUAUAUAUCCAACUGUCGAAGGGAGUCGUUCCUCACCCUGCGGCAUAUUCAUUCUCUGCCUCAAGGUCACACGUUGUCCAUCGCCUUACUCUUCAACUUUGUGCCGCUGCCCAGUCCUUGUCAUCUCACACGCUGUGAUGAAAAUAGUAAUGGUUUAGAUCUGCAGUCAUGUCAGUUUCAGCAUGAAAUUUUGGUAUGAUGCACUGUUAUGAAUGACACACACACACACACACACACACACACACACACACACACACACACACACACACACACACACACACACACACACACACACACACACACACACACACACACACACACACACACACACACACACACACACACACACACACACACACACACACACACACACACACACACACACACACACUCACUCUCUCUUUUUCUCUCUGCAUCAAAUAUGUUAUGACUGCUGGCAUGGGCAGAAAUCAAAAUCGAAUCGAGUUCUUCGUUUCUGAUGAAAUCUUAUUGAUAAAUUUGGCAUUGUGUUGAAGAUGAAUUAUGUCCUCGAAACCUUAAACACUAAUUCAAGGAAUCAUCAGACUGACUCCAAUAAGUACAAGACAGUAGUACGUGUCAACCGUCACAAACUUGUGUCUUUUACACUCCUUGAGGAUCGAGAUGUGUUGCCGCAGCUGAUCAAGAACUGCACGAGUUCACGGUUGCCGGCGCUCCCAGCACUGAGAUGUUACUGGUGUGGUUUGGUGAUGACACGCAGGCCGUCGCCUCAAUGCAUCCUUUCUAUACCACACUUGCGACACUGUGACCACCCACUGGUGAUUGCCAAUGUUACCUGCUCCGUAUUAACCCCUCUUCUCCUCCUCCUCCUCCUCUUCCUCCUCCUCCUCCUCCUCCUCCUCCUCCUCCUCCUCCUCCUCCUCCUCCUCCUCCUCCUCCUCCUCCUCCCCCAAUCCUGCACCUACUCCUCUUCCUCAUCAUCAUCCUCAUCCUCAUCCUCAUCCUCCUCAUCCUAAUUCCAGCGAUCACCUUAACGCAAAGUUUCCACUUUGCUAUCGUAUUAGCACGUGUUGUUUGAUUGGUUUGACUGACACCUACAUAGUAUGUAACUUCCUCGCUACGUUAAACGAACACUAAAGACUUCAUUUGUUACUCACACGAAACUUUCCGGUCAUCGAGAUCCACUCACUACUUAUUCUUAAGACAUGAACAUAAAGUGUACACAAAAUGCUGGUUUAGAAAGUCAUUGUUGAUACACGUACUGAGUGUGUAUUCCUCUAGUCUAGGCCAAUGCUCUUCAGACAUUUAUUGUCGUCACAGGGUAAAUCUUUCAAAAAAUCUUUCCACUUCAACUUCUGAUUUUGUAUAUCUAAUUACAAAGUGUAUGGUUGCAGAAAAUACAGUUUAUUUCAAACUUUU